CCGAUCAGAGGAUAUAUUCCAGCCCAGCUCUGCUGAGGCCCCUCCACUCAGAGCACCAACACCAGCACCAUGGCCAUGACGUUGGGUUACUGGGACAUCCGCGGGCUGGCUCACGCCAUCCGCCUGCUCCUGGAGUACACAGAGUCAAACUAUGAGGAAAAGAAGUACACGAUGGGGAACGCUCCUGACUAUGACAGAAGCCAGUGGCUGAAAGAAAAAUUCAAGCUGGGCCUGGACUUCCCCAAUCUGCCCUACUUAAUUGAUGGGGCUCACAAGAUCACCCAGAGCAACGCCAUCCUUCGCUACAUUGCUCGCAAGCACAACCUAUAUGGGGAGACAGAAGAGGAGAAGAUUCGCAUGGACAUUUUGGAGAAUGAGGUUAUGGACACCCGCAUGGACCUGGCCAGAGUCUGCUACAACCCUGACUUUGAGAAACUGAAGCCUGAGUACUUGGAGGCACUCCCAGGAAAGGUGAAGCUCUUCUCACAGUUUUUGGGGAAGAGGCCUUGGUUUGCAGGGGACAAGCUCACCUAUGUGGAUUUCCUGGCCUAUGACAUCCUUGAUUAUUUGCAUAUGUUUGAGCCCAGGUGCCUGGAUGCAUUCCCAAACCUGAAGGACUUCAUGGCCCGCUUUGAGGGUCUGAAGCAGAUCUCUGUCUACAUGAAGACCAGCCGCUUCCUCCCAAAGCCUCUGUUUCUAAAGACAGCCUUGUGGGGCAACAAGUAGGGCCUUCUAAGUCCAGGAGCUGAGAGUGGGGAGUCAGAACUGGGCCAGAUGUUUGUGGCCCUGGAGAACAGCUGGUCCUCCAUGCACCUAGAGCCAGCUGUCUUGCUUCUAUCUCUUUCUUUGCCCUCCGUUCUCCCUGCCAAAUGCCUUAUUGGCCCCCUUUUCUCCCUCCCUACCCCCUUUUCAUCCAGGCCCUUUAAGUCUUGAGCUCCCCGCUUCUCUUCAGUGAAGUCUGUCCCUGCCCCCUCCCAUGUUAUUUUUCCUGCACUAAAGCCAACCAGUCCGUCCUUCCCUUCAUUGUUCGCUCUACUUGAGGAGCUCGACCAGAUCCCUGGCUUGUAGAGCUCAGCCCUGAGCUCCCAGCACUGCCCUCAGGUCCAAUAUUGGCCUGAUGUGUAGUUCCUGCUCCCCCAAUGUGUUCCCUGCUCCACCCUGCCUGAUCUUCAGUAAAGCCUUAAUGACA